AUGACUCCCGAACAGCAAAGGGAGCAAUUUAUUCGUGGCUUAAAUACUAUGAACCAAUAUAAUAUUAGAAUGAUGGCUAAAUUUUAUGAUACACAGGAUAAUAUUACAAAAGCUCUGGCCGAAGCAGAAAAAUAUACAUUAUCUCAAAAGAGUGAGCCAUCUUCUUUUCCAAUUUUUCCAUCGGCCAAUCCUUACAUAGAUACUAACAGAUCAGGAGGUGGGAUGACUAAAAAUGAAAUUGAGGACUUGAUAAAAACCACAAUGGCUUCCUCACAGCCUCAAACAGCUCAACAAAACACCGAUUUACAAUCUUCUAUUAAAUCAUUGCAGGAGACUAUGUCUCGAGUGACUAAGACUCUAGAUAAUAGUAAAAAAUUGGCCAAUAAGAGAGGGGAAGACAUUAUUAGACGAUUUUUAAGUGAGCUACUAAGGACAAAAUCAAAUAAGCAACCUGAAGAUGAUUAUAAUUAUGACCCUGUGGAUGAUAUUACUGACAGUAUGGCUGGCAUGACACUAAAUAGUACCACCAUAAAUGCUAUUAAUUCCACCGUUAAAAGUGCCGUUAAGAAAAAAUGUACCAAGUGUAGUAGAUUUGGAUAUACUUCCCGUAAGUGCCCUCAAAAGAAGAAAAAGAAAAGCAAGAAGUCAAAGAAAGGUAAGGUCAAUCUCGCUAUAGAACCAGAUUCAGAUUCUUCUUCUUCCAAUACCUCAUCUAGUGAUAGUUCUGAUUCUGAUUCAAGUUCAGAUGAUUCUUCCAAUUCUGGAGGCGAUAUUACUGUUAAUAUUACCAAGGCAAAAAGAAGUGAAGAAGGAGAGUGA